UUACAGGUGCAUGGAUCGUGGGGUUUGCCGGCUUUCAUCUGUGAUGUAUAUAUCGCGAUGGACGUCACAUCUUCUACUUCGAGCAUAUUUAAUUUAGUCGCCAUUUCUGUUGAUAGAUAUAUAGCAGUAACACAGCCAAUAAAAUAUGCGAAACACAAAAACAAUACACGCGUGUGGUUCACCAUCGUCCUCGUGUGGCUGGUCUCGGCUGCCAUCGGAGCGCCCAUCGUCCUCGGCCUCAACGAUACACCCGACAGGAACUUUGACGAGUGCCUCUUCAACAGUCAGAACUACGUCCUCUACUCUUCGCUAGGUUCCUUCUACAUUCCAUGCAUCAUGAUGAUGUUCCUCUACUAUAAUAUUUUUAAGGCAUUAAGAAAUCGAGCUAAGAAGCAACGUGCAGCCAAAAAGCCUCCAGUAUCUGGUGACACGAUAACCGGAGCAACGGCGGCUGUCGUGAUAGAAAAUGUAGCUCAGACGAGACAGCUCGAAACGGCGUUGGACGACCGACCUACUAACACUGGCUCCGGUAGCAACGAAGAAGAUCACGAAGACAGUUUCGACAAGCGCUCGGUGGAUCUUGAAGCUGAUGCUGAAGAGUGUCACGUGAUCCCGAAUGAUAAAUCGACAGAAUUCAUGCUAGCAACUGUCCCGGAAGAUAAGAUUAAGAUACCCAAAAAAAGUUUCAAAUCACAACCAAUACCAGAUCCAAAUGGUAAUAAUGAUUCUGGAUACGCACCCUCAAACAUAGAAGACAUUAUCAGAGAACAUGUAUCACCACCCCCAUCCCCCGCACUCAAAGAUGCCACGGUCUUGAAAAAUAUGGGCUGUGAAUCAAAAUGGAAGAAAAAUGGAAAGAGAGUCGAUGCGGAUUCUAGAAACGCAUCAAUUGCUUUCCGAUCGGAUGACGACCUAAGAUCAAGUCACUACGACAUCCGCGAUGGAUCGUCCUGUAAAAAGGAAAGGAAAGCCAGCGCUGCGACCGCAAGAUUUACUAUCUAUAAAGCCAAUAAAGCGAGCAAAAAGAAAAGAGAAAAAUCAUCUGCUAAAAAGGAAAGAAAGGCAACAAAAACGCUAGCCAUUGUAUUAGGCGUUUUCCUAUUCUGUUGGACCCCAUUCUUCACGUGCAACGUUUUAGACGCUAUUUGCGGAAAAUUCGGCCUUCAGUUCUCCCCAGGAGUCACUGUCUUCAUCCUUAACACCUGGCUCGGGUACAUCAAUUCAUUCUUAAACCCUGUCAUCUAUACCAUUUUCAAUCCUGAAUUCAGGAAGGCCUUUAGGAAAAUACUCAAGUGCAGCACCUAG